AUUUUUUUGAAAGAUAAAAAGCGAUUUGAGAAUGCAAACAUUGAUGGGUUACCAGGACUGACUCUGACAGAAUUUGUAGCAUUUGAACACCCAGAAGAAGCUGAUUAUAUGAAGGAGUAUGUCAUACAGGAUGCUUUAGACGAACAUGAUCGUGACAAAGAUGGGUUUGUCAGCUUAGAGGAAUUCCUUGGUGACUACAGAAAAGACCCAGGUGCUGAGGAAGAUCCAGAAUGGGUAACUGUGGAGCGUGAUCGAUUUGAAAAUGAUUAUGACAAAGACAAGGAUGGAAAACUUAAUCAAGAGGAACUCCUGUUGUGGAUUAUUCCCAACAAUCAGGAUAUUGCACAUGAUGAGGCUGAUCAUCUUGUCAAAGAAAUUGAUACAAAUGGAGAUGAGAAACUUACAGAAGCAGAAAUACUUGUGAGUCAGGAUCUCUUCCUCAACAGUGAAGCAACCGACUAUGGUAGCCAACUACAUGAUGAAAAGUUCUACCAUGAUGAACUUUAAUGGCAGACGUUCUGAUUGGAUUUUGUUUCAAUCAACAAAUAAACUUCUUAGACCACUUUCAAGUAAUUUCACUGGCCAGACAAGUGCUGACCAAUAACUGGUAUUAGUAGAAGGGAAUAAAACAAUCCAAUAGAUUUUUAACAGUAUUAGUAUUGUUAUAAAAACAUCCAAUCAUAAUUUUCUACCUACUUUACUGAUAAAUGGUCCACUGUAAUCUGUUUUGUGCUCUCAGAGACUGACAAUUCCCGAGGUAAUUAUAGUCACCAUUGUUUCAUAGAAUUUUGAGGUCAGUUUAAAAAUGUGCACAAUGUAUUUCUACACUUUCUGAAAUCAACCUAACCAUAGAAAAUUUAUGGCACAGAAAGGGGCCAUUUGGCUCAUACUGGCUAAAGAAGACCUAUUUGGCUUUAUCCCAUUUUUCAGUUCAUGGUGACUAGCCUUGCAGGAUACAGCACUAAAAAUGCAUACACCCAGGAGCUUUCAAAAGUGAUUAGGGUUUCUGCUUCUACUAUUCUUUUAGACAAUGAAUUCCAGACCCCAUUACCUGGUGGAUGGAAAAACAAAAGUAUCUUUAUUCUUUUAAUUCUUUCUUAAUCCAUCCUAGCCAUGCUUCUCAAUUUUGCAAACCAAAAUUUGAUUAUUUUUGUAAAAUGUGGACCUAUUGGUCAGUCAGUUUUCAGUAGAAUAAGGCAAUGGAGUAAACUUUAUAUCUAAACUCAGUAAUGGACCUCCUUUCUGCUGAUUAGCUUUCAGUUUUAAAUCACAGAAGAAAUCAACAGUGAGGGAUGAUUUACUGUGCUUUUUGUCUAAUCCUAAUUGUGCAUGCAUUUUAAUGUGUAUUUACAAUUCUGUGACAUCAAAAUUGAACAUACUGCCUUAUAAAUAAGAAACCACUCUCCAUACAUUACGUUUACUGAUGUGGAAUUUUUUUAAAACUCCCUGAUUUGGCACAAAAUCCACAGGUUCAUUUAGCAAAGAUAGGAAAUGAAAAGAUAUCUCGCACAAUGCCGUAGAAGGUAACCUUCUCUGAUUCAAACUAAAGCACAAAGUGGCAAUUCACCCUCACUCUACAUAUAACUGCUAUGACCUGAUCAAGAGAAUGCUUGACACUGAAGCUCAACAUGGGAAAUUUGCAAUGUGUUGCAGUCCUCAGCAACAGUGUAACUCACCUUAAUGAGCACAUCAUUUAAGAAAAAGUCUUUAUUAAAAUCCAAAAACAUUGAGACUUUUAGACUUAAAGCUGUACACUAACUUGGUCUUAAGCUAUGUAACUUAGACCAUGCUCUCAUCAGGUGAAUUUUUUUAGUUAUAACUUUCCAUUCAGAUUGUUUGAAGGAAAAACAAUAUUUACAUAAAUGUCGAAUAGUUACUAAUUUCUAUGCUUUAAUUUAUGUUAAAUCAACAACAAAGAAAACACCCUCUACAGUUUCUAACAGGUGUUGAUCUUGAUUUUACACUGGCUUGUAAUUUAACAACUGAGGUAGUUUGUACAAAGGUAUCACCUAUGACAAUCCACUGAAGUCCAUCAUUGGAACUUUUAUUUUUGAACUUAAGCAACUGGUUAGCCGUAACUUCAUUUAAUUCUGGCUUUCUGUGAAUUCAAUUAAUAUUUUGCUGUUACAUAAGUAAGCUAUGUAUCAAGAACUAUUGAAACCAGAAUUUGAUGUACUAUUGUAGAAUUUCAGCCUGUCUUCCACCUGAGCCUCAUAGUCUCUGGACUAAGUGCCGCUGCUGUAAUUAUUCCAGAACCGAAGUUAUUACAUGUGGUUUCACAAGUCUGAAAACAAUAUAGACCUGUCACCAUACAAAGUCCUUGUGAAUAAACCUCAAAAUUGUCUUAACAAUUUGGAUUCCUACAGUUAACUAGUUUCUUGCCAAUGCUUGACCCAUGUAUGGAACUAACAACUCACUGUUUUUUGCUCUUGAAAGCAUCUGAUAUUCAGAUCAUCGGAUCUUGAAAACUAGAGUUGCUGUCCUUGUCCUGUAGAACCAAAUACAUUAAAAUAUGCACAACUUUCUCUAUUACUGUUCAGCAUUUAUAGAAUAAAUCUGCAUCAACCCAUUACUGAAUUUAUGUCACUCAAUCUCAAAAUUCAUUUUUGGGGAUUUCAUACAAAAUUGUUCCUGAUGUAUCAGCACUAAAUUCUCCACAGUGAGUAGACUUUAGGCAGGUACAGUAAUUGAAACCAAACAACUUAAGAGCACAACAGAAUCUGCGAUUGCAGAAAUUAAAAUAAAUAAACAUAUUGGACUAGUCAAUGUUCAGGCAGAGGUUCCUAAUACUGGCUGGCCUGGUGUGUACUCUUUGCAUUUAUCACUCUUUUAGGUUUCUGGAAUUUGCAAUUUCUGUUGUCUGUCUUUUCAAACUACUAGGAUUUCCACUUUGAUCAAGGUGACUUCUAAGAAGGUAACCAGUUAAUAUUAAUUGCUUAGGGUAAUUUUUAAAAAGGAAAUAUUCCAAACAUAACUUUUUAUAAUGGUCAGCGCUGCAGUUAAAAUGGACUUGUAUGGAACGCUCAGCCAACAAAAGGAUGCAGUUAGACUUAGUGUUAAACUAAGUCUGGUAUUGAACCUAGGACAUUGAUACUUUGCAAAGAUCUAGGAAAGGUUAGUGCUGCUUGAUUGCCAAACAGUACUCACCAGGGAAGAGGCUGUAGAAUACUGAGAAAGACAGGUCACUGUUCAGAGAGAAUCUUUUUACUCCACUAUGAGAAUGUCAGUGCUUUAUUACAGCAUCUGUUUGCUUAGCUAUGAUUUAAUGUGGUCUUUGAAGCAAUUAAUACCUCAAAAGUUCAUUUAGUUAAUGUCAUAAAGUUAAGGAGAUUUAUCCCUUGCAAUGUUGUAAGUAAAGUUUAUGUUAUGUUCCUAUUGAGCUUUCUAUUUUAUGAUUGGUGCUAAACUGUUCCAGUUGUAACUAAAAUGGCAACCAGAUUCUUACUUAAACCAAUAACACUAAACUGUUGAUUUCAAGAUUAAACUUUUGACGGAUGUUGAAUUAAAAUUUUGUGAUGUUUCAA